AUGGACAGCCCGGCACCCUUCCUGUCACAGCCCUUGUCCUUGCCUGGAUGUUCCACCUUGGCUCCUUCUGCCAGCCUGGCUUCGGGGGGUGACAAUGGCACAACGUUAACUGAGUUUGUUCUGUUGGGGUUCUCAGAUUUCGGAUCUCUUCAGGGUCAUCUGUUUUGGGGUGUGCUCUGUAUCUAUCUGGUCACGUUGCUGGGCAACUUCAUGAUCAUCCUCCUCACACUGGCAGAUUCUACACUGAGGUGCCCCAUGUACUUCUUCCUGCGCCACUUCUCCUUGGCGGAGAUCCUCUACACGGCUACCAUCGUGCCUCGGAUGCUGGCUGACCUCCUGUCCUCCUGCCCCGCCAUCUCCCGGGCCAGCUGCUUCAUCCAGCUGUACUUCUUUGCCCUCUUUGGCAUCGCUGAGUGCUGCUUGCUCACUGCCAUGGCCUAUGACCGCUAUGCUGCCAUCUGCCGGCCACUGCAUUAUACCACCUUGAUGAACCAGAGGGCAUGUGCCAGUAUGGUGGCAGCUUCCUAUCUCAUGGGCAUCAUCACUGGCACCACUCACUCCGUCUUCAUCUUCACUUUGCCCUUCCGUGGCUCUAACGUCAUCCAUCACUUCCUAUGUGACAUCCUGCCUGUGCUGAGACUGGCCAGUGCAAGCACCUUCUGGGGUGAAGUGGGGAAUCUUGCAGUCACGGUAACUUUUAUCAUGGUCCCCUUCGCGCUGAUCGUGGCCUCCUAUGCCUGCAUUCUUGCCACCAUUCUUAGGGUUGCGACAUCUCAGGGGCGUCGGAAGGUCUUCUCUACCUGUUCCUCCCACUUGUUUGUGGUCAUACUCUUUUUUGGGACCGCGACUAUCGCCUAUAUGAAGCCUCAGGCAGGAUCUUUUGGGGAAACAGACCAGAUCCUUGCCAUCUUCUAUACGGUUGUCACCCCAAUGUGCAAUCCUUUUGUCUACACUCUGAGGAACAAGGAGGUCACAGGGGCCAUGCAGCGGCUCAUUAAGAGAUACCUUUGGAGCCCUUGA